AUGUCUGAACAGGUUGCCAAACCUGAAUUGGAGCCAGCUGAAGCUGAUAAAUCAGUUCAAGCUGAACGUCCCGAAGAGAAUGCAGAGACGAGCGAAAAGGAUCGCACUCUUGCUGAGCAAGUCGCCGAAAAUGAAUAUCAGAUGUAUCAGAGAAGUUGCCAACAGUACCAGGAGAUCGAGGAUGAAGUGAGAAAUUUCACCAUAUAUUUUCUGAUUUUAGACUUUGAGCAAGUUGUUCAAUUUUUAUUUUUAGGUUCGACAAACACAACAGUUAUGUGCCCCUAAAGAAGGAAUUGUAAAAAUGAUUGAAGGUUAUGAUCCUGUAACUUCUCCGCAGUAUUUCCAAAAGGCAGUUGUAAGUAUUGGUAAUGUAGACCCAAGUAUUUGAAUUUAGGAAUUGGGAGAAAAGUACAACAGCAUCAGACGGAUCAGGGGAGAUGGCAACUGCUUUUACCGCGCUGUUCUAACCGCAUUACUGGAGAAGUGCUUUGAAGAUCGGCCACUUCUAGACAAGUGGGUUGUGUUUACUUUUUUGUUGUAUUCCAUUUUCAGAUUUGCCGCGGCCUGCAAAGAAUGGAGGACGAAAUUGAUUGGGUUUGGAUUUCCUGAGCUAACUACUGGAGAUUUUUGUGAUGCUGUAAGUUUGAUUUUGUGGCUUUUAUACUUGGUUUAUGUGUCUGUCACCUUCUUUUUAUUGUAGAUGGAGACCCUGCUCGAAUCGAUGCAAAAUGGAACAAAAACAGUGGAAUUUCUGUAUGACGAUCUAAACAACGAUGCCAUGGCGAAUUAUUACGUUGCCUUUAUGAGGUAUGAGUUCCUUUUUAUCGUUUCUCAUUUUAUUUUAGACUAAUUGCAUCUGGAUAUUUACGAGAGAACGAGAUCUUAUAUUCUGGGUUCAUUGAGGGACUUCGGACCUUGGAUCAGUAUUGUAAAGACGAAAUUGAACCAAUGUGGAAGGAUGCAGAUCAUAUUGCAGUUAUUGCUCUUGUGAAUGCCAUCGGUAUGCUGUUAGCAAGCCUUUUUUAUUCUUGUUUUAGAUGUCCCCAUACGAAUAGAAUACAUGGAUCAGACCCUUGCCCCUAAUGGAGGUUGGCACCAUGAUCUUCCUGAAGACAGCACCCCAGUGUUGUUCUUCCUCUACCGCCCUGGUCAUUACGAUGUACUGUAUCCCAAAUGA